AUGAAUAGAAACGCAAUCUUCGGCACCCCAGGCGGAGGCGGAGGCGGAGGCGGAGGGGGAGGCGGAGGCGGCGCCUCUGAAGCCGCCGAUGCGAUGCUUUUGUAGCGCACCUCCAUGAGAACGAUGCUCCCUAGGAAGAGCCCGAUCAUAAUCGCCCCGAAGAGCCUUAUCCGGCAAUGCCGGAAAGAAUUCCGCCGCUUCAUCUGGCCUUUACCCCCGGCCUAUAACUCCGGCCGCUCCCCACUGGAGAAAACCGACGGUCACUUCAUCCUCCCGUCGAGGCGAGGCUGGCGGCCCCAGGAAAGAAGCGAUCUCUCCUCAUCCUCUGCAUCCACCGGCCACCCGAGCCCUCACCAAACCGGAGCAAGCCCCACAGAUCCGGAAGAGAGGAUGAGGAGGUGGCGCAGCAGGUCGAUCGCCAGCUAUGGAUUCUCCCUUUCUCCCCCGCUGUCUCAGAGGUAGAGAGGAAUACGGGAAUCAUGUGAGCUGCUUGCUCUGAACCGGAAAGAGAACCGACCACCCCUCAUUUGAAAAAUAAUAUUAACAAAAAUACUACUGUAGCCGCCGACAACGGUUGCACGACGCCGGAUCAUCCGACCAGACGGCUCAUCCCAGCCCUUCAUCACCCGAGCGCCAUCGACCGACGCUUGUCAGCGUUUAGGUGGUAUGUCGCUUGACAGUUACGAGAUAAGACAGGGGGUAUAGCGCCCCCACUUGGGCUGGCCCACCAACUACUAAGUACUCAAAUUGGGCCUGAUUAAGAAGCCCGCAGAAUAAGAUUAUCCCCUCCUUCGACAGGCCCACGUCUGAAAUCGGGCCAAUAGAGCUGAAAAUCGCAAAUGAAAGUACAACGUGGCUUUUUCCCAUUCGUCCAGCUGUCGUACCUGGACGGUGUGUCUUUAUUGGGAAGAGAUUUUGUUGUGAGUUUUGGAUGUAAUCUGACAAAAUGUAAAAUUAUCAUUUGGUCCUAUAUUUUCAGUAUUAAUAGAAAUCUGUCUAAUCACGUGAGUCAACUUCCUUCCUAUAAAAUAAAAAGAAGACAGUAUAACUUUUUAAAAGGGCACCAACAUAAAAAGAAGAAAUAAUCUUAGUCAAUAGUAAAUGGCAGGUAAUUAAGGAAUAAAUCACUCAAUCAGGGUGAAAAAAAAAGAAAUAUGCGGUAAGUUAUGAAGGUUGCGGUCCGGAUGUGGGUUCCUGAAGCUCCAAGUCAGGUCAUUGUCGUGUCUAGGCGUUCACACAAGGGAACCCUACCUUUUGUUGACUUUUCUUUCGUGGCCCCGGCCACUCUGUCAACGUAAUUGCAUGCAUGUACCCACCACACCUUUCCGGAUACCGAAAAUGUUCAGAUUCAACGACCGAGGAAGACGGAUCUUAUCGACUGCUCUAUAAAGCGAGAGAGAGAGAGAGAGAUACGAUUGGAGCCGCCCAUCCAUCAGAGAUAUAUGAGAAUCAAAGAUGAGAACGAGGCCAUCGGCCCGAGACUUCUUACACAGACCGUGACAGUGCCCUACAUCGCUUAAGGGUCCACAUCUUUUCCCCCGUACAAAGCUAG